AUGGAGGAACUGUGUUAUGGCCUCGAGCAGGAGGACCUCCCUCCAGAAUUUCUCUUCUGGGAGCAGGCGGACCCCCACGCUGGGCUGGACAGCUUCCUCCCGGGCUGCCGCCUGCCCCAGCGCCAGGCCGCCAACGUCCGCGAGAGGAGGAGGAUGCUCAGCAUCAACUCGGCCUUCGACCAGCUCAGGUGCCACGUCCCGACCUUCCCGUACGAGAAGCGCCUCUCCAAAAUCGACACGCUCCGGCUGGCCAUCGCCUACAUCGCUCUCCUUGGCGAGAUCCUCCUCUCCGGGUGUGACCCCAAAUCCUACGUGGAGCAGUGCCUGAAGAACGGUUUGCAAAGCCAACGGCAGGCAACCUGGAAUACAAGUGAUCUGACAGCCCGCCUGUCUUGGGUAAAGUGGGAUUAA